AUGAGUCUAUUCCUUAAAAGAAUAAUAUGUUUGAAUUAAAAUUUAAGAGGAUUACAUAAAGGAAUAGAUAGUCUUUUAAUUCUAACUUUCCAAUCGAACAAUAGAAGAAUUUAUUAAAUUAUAUUUAAUUAGUUAAUACUUUUUGAUAUGCUGUAUCAACAAAUUAAAUUUCAUUUAAAUUAUAUUUAUAAAAGAAGUAAAUUAGUCAAUUAAUUAAUAAAUUUAUAAGUAGGCUAUAUUAAAUAAAUGUCACAGUCAUCAUCCUCUCAUUCCUUAGAAUAAGAUCAAGAAGAGCAAUAAGACGAUUACAAAAUGCCCCCUACAAUUGAUUUAAGCAAUGGCAGACUCAAACAAAAAGAAGAAGAAUAAAAUAAGCUGAUUGAGGGUUAGGAGGUAGUUGAUAGCUACGAAAAUAUGGAUAGAUUGUAAGUGCCAGAGUAUGAAAAAAAUAAAGGCAAAGAAGCAUUCUAAAAAUAGAAUUACCAAGCAGCUGUAAAACACUACUCAAAAGCUCUGCUGGCUCUUUAGUUUUUAAUCAAGGAUGGCCAAAUAAAAUAAAAAGAAUAAAUGGUGAAGUUCAUAGAAGACAUUGAAAUUCCAUGCAAUUCAAAUUUAUCAAUCUGCAAUUUAAAGCUAAAAGAAUAUAAGCAAUGUAUUCACUUUGCUUCAAAAGUUAUAGAAAAUGACCCAAAUAAUAUAAAAUGCUUAUAUAGAAGAGGUAUGGCUCAUCUUUACUUAAAUGAAUUUGAUGAUGCUAGAAACGAUUUUAAAACAGCUUAUGCACUUGACCCCAAUAGCAAAGAACUUUAGUUAGCAUUCGAAUAGUUAUAAUCUUGA